ACAACUAACAUGAAAACAUGUGCGAUUCGACGCGAAAAGUAACUGAACUGCGUACACAUAUCACUACACUAACUAAGUUUUAAAAACAUGACAACAAUGAUCAUAACUACAGCCUAGACUUGGUUUCUAAAGGAUCACUUGUAAUAUCGGAACUGUUUUCUCAACUUUUUAGUCAGAUUAUAUUAAUGCCAAUCCAAUGAGCGGAUGAGCCUGAAAAUGGAAAAGAAGGCCCAACAUUUUGUCCGCCUGCUGGCCAAAAAACUUGUUGAAAAUGAACAUGCAAAAAAAGAUCAAAUUCCAGAAGCACAAGAAAAUGCAGAACUCAAGAAAGGAUUUCGGAGAGCUUUGGACAACCUGCCGAAGACUCCUCUCAAAAUUGAACUCCAGAAGAAUGCAGCAACAUACUUCAGAAAACUAGAAGUGUUGACAAGAAAUAGCAGCAAUGUCAACAGUAAAGAGUCGCCGAGACAAAAGGAAGGAAAGCCCCAAUCUGAAGCUCGGAAAACCAAAGAUGGAAAGAAAAAAAACGGAAAAUCUAAGGAUGUUACAAACACUCCGCUCAGUCAAAAAAGCAGUGAGAAGAUAAUGCUUAAAUCAGCAGAGAGGCAAGCAGUCUUAAUGAGCAGCUCAGGUGAACUUCUUACUCAUGGUGAAGAAGAUGAUAUUGUUGCCAUGGAAACUCAUCCCAAGAUGGUGACAGAUGCUAAGCAAAGACGAGGAGAAGGGUUUGCUUUUAAUGUUUAUGCAACUGAUUCUACGAGUGAGACGAUGGAUGAACUCGUCAAACUUCCAGCGAAAAAGAAGAUAAGACUAGCCCCUCACGCUUACAACUCACUGUGCCAAGGCAAGAGCUUUAGUGAUUUUCUUAAGACUCUACACCACGAUGGCAAGGAUGAGCCAGCAAUGGAUAACCUAACCCUUCUAAAGCAAGAAAUCUUGACUGGUUUUGGAUCAUCGGAUAUCAGGGUUCUCACUCGCUGCGAAGCUAACUGCCUCAGUGGCAUCAUUACUGUGGCUGAUGAGGCACUGGAUGUAAAAGACAUGGCGAGGAUGAAGGAAGUCCAGGAGUUCAUUCUUAGCUUCUUAUUGUGGGUCAAGACACAGCACGAAGCCCUCAGCCCAGACCAAGACGAACACUCUCAUUCCUUGAGCAACUUUGAAGACUUAGCAGCGGCCAUGUUGUCCAUCUACGUUGACCUCAGCAUCAUCUUAUCAAGACAAAGCGACGAUAAAGGCGUGUCAGCUGGAAGAAACGCCCUGUCGAAGAUUCUGCUCUUUGUGGGCCACACCCCGAUGCAUCAAUUGAAUCUCCUUUUACAGGUGACAUCACCAACGACCGAAGAUUGCCAGUUCAUGGUUCCUAUCUACAAACACAUGUUGAGCAAGGUACCAACAGAGAUGACCAAUGAGCUAUUGAUUAAGUACCUCUAUGCAGUCAGGUUCAGCCACGAGAUCCUGAAGAUACAAGAGAAGGAAUUGUUGGAUGACAUCAUCAGCGUCGCUUUGACGGCAGAACCAUCUGAGGAGUUCCUCCAGUGGAUGUUCAGCACAGCCCCCAGCGUCUACAGAAGCCUCCCUGAACCGGUCAAGAAUAGACAGGCCCCCGUUGUGGAACAUCUUAUCAAGCAAGUCACCAGAGAGUACAUGGAUACGUUACUAGAUAUCGCGUCCGACGUGGAAAAUGAGAGUCAGUCGCUGUCGUAUGAGACCAGCCAAGAAAGCAAGGAGGAACCAGUGGGGGCGCUGUUCUUCACCGAUACGGAACGAGAUGAGGAUUUGGCAAGACAAGUAGAUUCAGAUGCAGAAUCGGUGGAUGCAAUGCACAGCCAUCUGGACACACUCUUGGGCGAAAUUGAUAAAGCGUCUUCGAGCGAUGGUGAUAGUGAUGGUUCAGAUGAGGAUGUCCGCAAUACAAGAGCAGGUCUGUCACAGAGGAAUCUAUCUCACAGGUCUUCCGAAUCCAAAGAUGACGACAGUGACCUCGAGAUAAUAGACAUAGACACCAGCGCCGGACUCGAUCCAAGGCUAUCCGAAACCUUGAGUCUUGAAGAGCAGAGGUACAGUUCGAUGACAGCUGCCAAAGACAAGAAGACGCCACCGAGUCGAUCAUCAAGGAAAGUCCCAAGGAGGGAUUCUGGAAGCAGCCAAAAGAGCCCAGCAAGAAACGCAGAAGGAAAAAGUUCGGGGGUCGAAGGAGACAGUGAUGUUGUCCUCGUUGAAGCAGAGUUGCAGGUUGAUUCAGACAAAGAGAGCUUUACUACAGCCAAGGAUAACUUGGACACCACCAAGGAGUCCAUUAAUGUAGAGGUUGAUGAAGAGAUUACUUUUAGAUGGAAGAGCAGUCGUUCUGGUGGUGACAAUAACGAGGACCAAAUGGAGGAGGAGGGGGAGGAGGAUGCGGAUGAGGAAGACAUUGAAGAUGUAGAAAGAGACGGUGACGAUGAAGAUAGUUGUGAUGAAGCAGACGGUGAGAAUGAGGAAGAUGAGACGUUGGAGUUGGAGCAACCCUCUAAGGAGAUGUCAACCGAGCUAAGCAUUCCGAGUCCAAAGAAGUCUCAAGAGGGCGUCAAGGACAUCGCCAAGAAGCAAGAGCAGUCUCCGGAUGAGGCGCCCAGGAGUAUGCAUCUCAGAUCGAUGGAUGCUGGGACCUCUGGCCAAGGUCAGCAGUCCAGCCUCCUGAGCUUCUUCUCUCCCGUCAGGCAUCUCAGUGAAGGACAAAGGAAGGAUUUUAAGGAGCCCGCCAUUGACAAAGUGGACAUGGAGGAAGUCGAAGUGAUACCAGAUUCUUGUGAUUCUGGACAGGAUGAGAAGAGCAGUAAAGAUGUGAGAGUCACUCCUGAGAGACGGAUGAAGAGCUUGAAGGCUUUAGAAGGCGACAGAAUCAACUCGGAAAAGACUUUACCGGACAAAGCAGUAUCUCAGAGUGCUAAGGGUAAACGGCUCAGGAGUCCAGUCAGAGAGAGAAAGUCUCGAUCCGAUCAGAAAGUAAAAAGAGGCAAGAAACCGAUUAGUUCCUCCAGCGAAGGGGAAGUAGACCCAGCACUGUUUCUCUCCCCUGUUGUUUUGUUAGACAAAGUAGAUGCGAUUCAAUCAAUGAUGAAUCCUUCCGUUAUUGAAGAUGCUGUCUCGGAGGGCAUCAGGCGUAUCAGAGCUGAAUGUGUGACCUCGCCGUCUGACCUCAAGGCACAACCGACCACCAGAUCGUCAGCGUCCAAGCUCAGCCUGUCUAAACGGAAGGCUCUAACCAUCACAGGUGGUGUGAAGAGCAAGACGGUGGCUAGUGAUACUCCAAAGCAGCUGUUCAAGCGGGCUGGAGAGGCUUCAACCCCGGCAGACAAAGCUUCUGGCAUGUCCGCCAAGAAACAGGGGGUAUCCCCAUUGAGCCCAUCCAAGGUCAAAAGAUUGGCGGCGUUUGGCGACACGUACCGCUUGCUGGCCGGUAUCUCUCCCGAAAGCCAGAUAGAUUCAGGGUCAGAGCCUGCUUCACAGUCGAGAACCCCGCCCAAGAGGGCUAAGCUGAGACCCAAGGAUCUUGGGGAGGUGUUCGCUGCAGACACGUUGAGCCAUAAACGAAGUGGCAAGAAGCAGGUGAUGGAUAUCCAGCCAAUGUCAGAGUCAUCCCAGGGAAGCAUUGACUCUGGACAGGGCAGCAACACCCCAAGUCAGAGGAGCUUAGCGAAGAAGCCUCAAACCCCCUUGACGCAGAGCAAGAGGAUGUUGGUUAAAUCUGCCUCGCCCCAGGAGAAAUCUGCCUCACCCCAGCAGAAAUCUGCCUCGCCCCAGCAGAAAUCUGCCUCGCCCCAGAAGAAAUCCCCCUCGCCCCAGCAGAAAUCCGCCUCGCCCCAGGAGAAAUCCGCCUCGCCCCAGCAGAAAUCUGCCUUGAAGCUCAAAAAGACAAAGAAGACGGAAAGCUCUGUCCCAGAGAGCAGGUCAGAUCCGGCAGGCGCAACGAAGGGCGCCCUCAAGAGAAGAGCGUCUCUCCCAGCAUCUAAGACGACCAAAACACCCACAAAGGUGAGCAGAAAGUCUGUUGGGUCCAAGAAGUGAAUUUUCUGUGAAGAUUCAUCCAUGCUGCUUUUUAAAUCUGUUUCUAAACUGAAGUCGCCCCAACAGAUUUUGACCGUUCUCUGCAAGUUUACAAGUUGCCACAGUUUUUAUACGCGUUAAAGAGAUUUCUCGACCAGUUUAGUGUUAUGGAAUUCCUUUUUUUUGUUUUUAAAGACGGGAAGGUUUUUUUAUAUUUUAUUGUUUUAAACUCUUUAGAGACCAUGCGUUGCUUAUCCUUGAACCUAUCUACAUUUAGUAUCAUCCACUGUGGUUUAAAUUGGCAGAUAACGAUAUCAGUAUGCAUGGUAUGCACGAGCAUGCGGCAUAAUGUCUCCUCGCUAAAAAAAAAAACCAAUUCAACUAUGAAAACAGUCGAUUUUAUUGUACAACCAGUUCUUCAAAAUAUAACAGCACUUUUUGUUUGAUUCUGUUGGACUGAGCACUGCACCAGUAAACUGAUUAUUCUUUAUAUUGGAACAUAAUCAGAGUCCAACAGUUUGGGUGUUGAGUUACUGAAUGGUGUUGGACUGAACUGAUUAUGCUUUACAUGAGAUCGGGCAUACCACCGUAUCAGAGUCCAACAGUUUGGGUGUUGAGUUACUGAAUUGUGUUGGACUGGGGACUGCACUAGUACACUGAUUAUGCUUUACAUGGGAUCAGGCCUACCACCGUAUCAGAGUCCAACAGUUUAGGUGUUGAGUUACUGUAUGG